CCCACCCAGCCGCUCCCCACCCAGCUCCUCCCUGCACGACGGACGGACGUACACAAUAAUCCCCUGUGGGCUGGUGUAACCAGGAGGCCCCUCCCAGUAUUAAAGACACUGCCUACGCCGGCGCGACCCAUCUGUGCGGACCUCGGUUGGCGAUGAAGAUGACGACAACGACGGGGACGAGGGCAGCGCAGAGAAUGGAGCGACGGGCGGCAGGGCAGGCUAGCAGUGGAGAAGGGGGGGCGUGUGGGCCCCCCAAGGGGCUCGAGGGGCUGGCGGGGCUGCGGGCGCUGUGGGAGCGCAGGAUCCGCGCCACCACGGAGGAGGUGGAGCGCCAGCGCUACAACAGGGAGCGCCGCUCGCUGGGCAGGCUGUCUGCCGCGUGGGAGCACCGCAUCAGCGUGGCCAAGCUGCGCGAGAUGCUCGUGACGGUGGACGGGCGCGUGGUGCUCAAGGUGCUCAAGCUGGACUGGGAGAAGCUUCCAGCCGCCCUGGAGCAGCUGCCCGCCAUGCACGAGUGGCAGAUCCACCGCACGCAGCUCCACUCGCUCCCGCCCAACCUGGGCGCCUUCGGCAGCCUCCUCACCCUCGACCUCUCCCGCAACCGCAUCCGCUGCCUCCCGCCGCAGAUCGGCCAGCUGUCCCGCCUGCGCGAGCUGUCUCUGAGCUACAACGCGCUGGAGUCCGUCCCGCCGGAGCUGUCGCAGUGCCGCGACCUCCAGCGGCUCGAGCUGUCGGCCAACCAGGGCCUCCACGAGCUGCCGGACGAGCUGGGCUCCCUGCCCAGCCUGUACCACGUGGACCUGUCCGUGAACUCGUUCCCCCACGUGCCCCCCGCCCUGCUGCGCCUGGCGGCUCUCGAGUGGCUCGACCUGAGCAGCAACCGCCUGCAGGCGCUGCCCAGCGACUUGAGCAGCUGGGAGCGCCUCCACUCGCUGUGGCUGCAGCGCAACCUGCUGCAGGCGCUGCCCGAGUCGCUGUGCCGCCUGCGCUCCCUCACCACGCUGGUGCUCAGCGGCAACCGCCUGCGGCAGCUGCCCCUGGCGAUGGAGGCCAUGACAGGACUCACAUUUGUGAAUCUGCGCGACAAUCCUCUGGAGCCGGCCGUGAGUUUGCCCGAUCCCGUGCCAACGGAGAGACGCGGCGGUCCCGAGGAGGAGGAGGGGGUGGGGGUGGAGGAGGUGGAGGAGGUGGAGAAAUUUGGGAUGGACUUCAUGCGUCACUACCUGCGCACCCUACGGACUGAGCUGGAUUCUUCCACCGGCGAUGGAGCCGCGGAGACGGAGGCCGGGAGAGGAGACGCCACAGAGGGAGACACGGGGGGAGACGCGGGGGGAGAUCCUGGGGGAGACACGGGGGGAGACGCGGGGGGAGACGCGGCGGGAGAUGCGGCGUUCGUGUCCACACUGGAGGUGGACAUGAGACUCUCCUGCCAGAUGCCUCCAGACAGCUUGCCGGGAGCUUCACAAUGACCGUGUCGGAGACGCUGAGAGCCUGGGUUAGAGCCCUGGGUCUGGGUGUCUCUCUCUCUCUCAGCAGGUUCACAAUGGCCGUGUCGGAGACACUGAGAGCCUGGGUUCGAGCCCUAGGUCUGGGUGUCUCUCAGGGGGUUCACAAUGGCCGUGUCGGAGACACUGAGAGCCUGGGUUCGAGCCCUGGGUCUGGGUGUCUCUCAGAGGGUUCACAAUGGCCGUGUCGGAGACACUAAUAGCCUGGGUUCAACACUGGGUCUGGGUGUCUCUCUCAGGGGGUUCACAAUGGCCGUGUCGGAGACACUGAGAGCCUGGGUUCAACACCUGGGUCUGGGUGUCUC